AUGAUGCUUAGAAGUUCAUCAACACCACUUCUUGGAUCUCUACUUUCUUCAUAUUCAGAGAGUCCAAAUCACAGAGACUAUGAAACCCACAACCCAAAUUCUGAAGUGCUAAAGAAAAUCUCAUUCACUCAUGGUGGUAAUAGCAUUAACUUUAGCUCAUACAGUACUUGUAAUAAUGCUUCAUCGUUAACUCGUUCUAUUAGUGGGGUUUCUGAUUCUUCAGAUACUAGUAGUAGUAAUGGGUUUAGAAGAGCUCAAUCUGAUGGGAAUUUGAAAGGACUUGCCGCUGCUUCUUCUGAUAUGGAAGAUCAAGAUUUGUUUAGUCAGUUUUCAUCAAACAACAACCCAUUUAAAUCUUCAAAAAGAACUACUUCAAUGUUGCAGUCAAUUCCUUCAUUCUCUGUUUACAAUUCAAACGGUGGGUUUGAAGAUGAUGAUGAAGAAGAUUAUGAAGAUGAAAAGGAUGGGUCAUUACAAAGGUCUGUAACCAUUGGGGAGAAUAUUAUGUCUAUGGGUAGUGGUGAAUUUACUUUUGGUGGUGAGAAAAUGGGUUUGAUUCAAGAAAACGAUGAAGAUAAUCAGUUUAAUGAAUUUCAUUUUAAUUUUGCAAAGUUUGGACAAGGUGGUUUUGAGAAUGAUAAAGAAAUUGGAGAGUAUUAUAAGAAGAUGGUUGAAGAACAUCCUUCUAGUGCCUUGUUUCUAAGAAAUUAUGCUCAAUUUCUUUAUAAGUCCAAGGGAGAUCUUUGGGGAGCUGAUGAAUACUACUCCCGAGCAGUACUAGCAGAUCCUCGAGACGGGGAUAUCUUAGCUCAAUAUGCUAGAUUGGUUUGGGAGCUCCAUCAUGAUUAUGAAAGAGCUUCAAGCUACUUUGAGCGUGCAGUUCAAGCUGCUCCUGAGGGCAGUCAUGUUCAUGCGGCAUACGCAAGUUUCCUUUGGGAAACAGAGGACUGUGAUGAAGAAGAAGAUCAACAAAGUAGCCUAUCACACAAUUUCGUGGGGGUUGCAAAUUUCCAUGGGGGAGCUUUGACCUCGGCAACUGCUUGA